GCACAUAUACUUUUACUUUUCCCUCAAUAUCAGUAAUGUGAUCAGAAUCAACGAGUCCAAGUUUUUUUUUGAGUUCCAUUCACAACUCACCUGUGAAGAAUUCUGUUCUGAUAUAAAAGCUACAGUCGGAUCCUUGAUUACAGCAUAAACAGUUUACGUGUUCCAGUGUCCAGAGCCUAAGUCUCCCAGAUAAUACUCAAAAUGAAGUGCAUCAUUGCCGCCUUUGUCAUCGCCUUCGCCGCCGUUGCCGCGGAAGCCAGCUGGGGACCAUGGGGAACCGUAGUCCAGGCUAAUGUUCCAUCGUGGCCAGCCGCUCAUUGGGAUGGUGCUUGGUCCGGUACCGGUGCGUGGCCAGUUGCUGCCCACUGGACCAGCGGAGCCUGGCCAGCCGCUGCUCACUGGGGCGUUCCAGCUGCUUCGGUUGCUCAUCAUGCCGGAAUUGUGCCCGGUGCUGUUUCCGUGAAUGCCAACCGUGGGGCUGUUCAUGUUGCGCCACUCGCCGGACAUGCCAUCUCCCAGAAGCAGCUCAAUCUUGCACCAGCUCCGGGAACUAUCUAAACUGUUUGGCCGUUGAAUGACACCCACAUUGGGAACAGUUUUAUCGAAAUUUUGUGAGUCACUAAGA